AUGACGAUCGACGGAGUGGCUGCUCGCAACAAGCGCACACAGAUGGAGUAUUGCAUCGGAGAGGUUGAGCAGCUGGCAGGCGUUGAACUUUCAAAAGCAUUCUUCGACAUGCCAGACCCGAUGUUCUAUGACACUGUCUACUUGGGGAAAGAUCCUACUCGCGCUGCCUCUCGCAUAUUGAGGCGACCUUGGAUGUGCGGGGACCUACGCAUCAAGGAUGUCAUCGGCAAGGUUGUGCGGCAGCGCACUUCGAUCAUGCAGCGAAUCCGCAACAGUACAGUGAUGAAAGAACGAUUCAUGAAAGAAGUCCGCAUGCAUGACUACGCCGGGAACCACAGUAGGCAUCAGAUAAAGAAUUUGUCUCACGCAUUGAAUCGAUUCAACAGCAAUGUGCGGCCACUUCAGAGGUUUGUCGUUUUCUUUUCAGCACUGGUGCACACAGCGAUAUGGAUCGCAAGAUCAAGAACAGAUGACCAAGGGAAAGACGCAUUGUCCUUCAUCGAGUUUAUCGCCGGUGAUGAAGGGAUGGAAGUGUGCCUGCUCCUCGCCAUGAUGGCAGAUGCUGGCGCGUGCGCUGUGGGCCUCCUGCGCUUCUUUGACAGGGAGACGUUCGACAUAGCUCAGGUAAGUGACAGGAUCAACACGUGGGCCGCGGAAGUCAAGCAUCUCUUCGUGGAUAAGCACGCUGAUCAGAUUCCUGAAAGUUACACGUUCAUGAUGUUUAGUCGGCUGAGAAAGCCAAUGACAGCGGUGCUGAAAGGGCAAACCCAUUGA